AUGGAGAUCAAGCGUAAGCCAGUCCCGGCUCCUCCUCCGCCUGUUGAGUACGGUGUCCGGCGUCCGUUGACGCCAAAUCCGCCACCAUACUCGCCUUAUCUCGCGUAUUCUCCCUACUCCUCAGCUUCUCCUCACUCUCCUCACUUUCCCCCUCCACCUCCCCGUUUCACGCCCUCGCCCUCACCCUCGCCAUCUCCUUCUCCCACAUGCUCUCUUCAACCGCCUCACUCUCUCCCACGAUACCGAAGUCAGCCCAAUCUUCGCGUCACUACGCCUCUGAGCCCGCAGCCUACGAAUCCUCCAUCUCUCCCGCGCGCCGAAACAACCGUUCCCACCGGCUCUGAAAAGUCCAGUUUCUAUGCUGAUGCCCGCCAUUUCCUCGGUGGGCUCAUCCAACAUCCCUCUGAAUCGACAAAGCAUUACUCCAUCCUCCGCCAUUCCCACGGCAUCGUCUUUUACCGCGGUCCAACUACCUCCGUCACCGUCUCUAUCUUCGCUGAUACUCCGCUCCCCGCCGACAGAUCGCUCUGGUUACAAUGCAAAGGAUGGACCGGGAAGACGGGAAUGCGUGCAAAAGCCCUUUUUCGCAUGCAUGAUGACUGGGUGAAUGCUACACCGACGGUUGCGGUCCGUGCUGACCAAGUCGACCCGAAUAAAGAGCGCGCGUGGCAGCGGGAUAUCGCCAAGUUCUACAAGAAAGCUUCGAAACGCGUGCAGACCCAUCGGCUGCGGGAGACGGUCGUUGCGCGAAUACCGCCAGAUGCCGAAGACGGGUAUUUCCAGCUUAUACUGUGUCAUGGGGAGAAAAAGGUUCUAUGUCGGAGUCCUGUUUUCCGCAUUCUGUCUGCGUCGAUGGACCCAAGUUCUCUCCGGGGCGCGAGUCUGACGACCAUGCCUCUUGAACUCGGUGCUCUUGUUGCCGGGACGUACGCGCAAGUAGCGGCGUCCAGAGUUGUAGCUCCUGUGACCGCGGUAGCGGAGACCGUCACUGCGCGCUACCGGCCUGGCUGGCUCGGGGAGACUGCCAUUCAGACAGCCUACGAAGCCCUCAAGCCGGACCACGGGAAUGCUCCCGAUCCAGCUGCACCACCAUCCAUAGAAAAUGGCCCCCAACCGCCAUACCCACUUGACUUCGUUGCACGACCAUCCCAAUCCCAUGACCCCUGUCGAAUCCCGGUCAAAGUCCCUUCUGAUAUUCAAGACAAGCUCCGUGGCUACUUCUUCGGUUGGGCUCGCACCAGCCCCGACAUCUGGCAGAUGAUUAUUCUCUCAGUUCGACUCUGGGAUGGCUCUCAACAAGCAGGCCCAGUCUCUCUCUCACAGACCACCCGCAAAGUCUCGGUCCUCCGGCUUCUUCACGAACCGAUGCCAAAUCCGCCAUCCACACUUCCCGUCCGCAUCCUCGGCUUUCUUCAUCCAGAUAUCCCACCACCUUCUCCACGCACCGAAAACGACCUUGCUGCCGCACGUCAAGCAGCUGCAGAUGCAGCUGCACUGGCGGAGCAGUACGACACAGAGUACGUGCAGGCGCUUCUGGAUCAUCCCCUGUGGGGUCCCGAGGCGGCAGAUCGUCGCGGCUGGUUUGAUCGGACCAAGGACGGGGCGGGAAAUGUUCUUGCGCGAGGGCAAAAGAUGAUUGAGCGAGUUGGAGUGAGGACUGGCGUUGAACGAGAGGGCAUGGGCGGGUAUUAUAUUGUGAGGGGCUGA